GAUGUUUGAAGUUCAGGUUUUCUUUUUGUAUAGUGUGGUAACACUCGUACACUUUCUGGACUAUGCAGGUACACAUGCCCAUAGCAGGUCCACACUGGAGGUUCCAGUCUUUUGGUUCAUUCAUGGUGAGCCAUUGUUUGUUGACAAACAUUAUCAGGCUAAGGCACUUUCAGACAUGAUUAUUGUUGCUCAGUCAGAGACCUCAACCUGGGAAAGCCAUCUACAGUGCAAUGGACGUUCACUUUUGUUGGAUCUUAGGAGGCCAAUAAAAGCUGCACUGGCUGCUACUUUUGAACAUUUGGCUGGUCUUAUACCUCUACAUCUUGUUUACAGUCAAGCCCAUGAAACUGCAAUGGAGAUUCUAUAGUCAAGUAAAUGCAACUAUAGCCCUUCUCCACCCAAUUCACUAUAUAAGAGAGAGAAAAGUGGAUGUGGUGUUUGAUAUGACUACAAUUCCUGUUUUUCUAGUUGUGUUGGGAGUUCUGUAUAUUGUGUUAAGGCCAAGACGACCAAAGCCAAAAAUCAAUUGAUUUUUGCAGUGAUUUGGAGAAGAGAAUUAUGAUGUCUUGUUGAGAUUUGUUGUAUUAUAUAUUUUGAAGUUUAUGGAUUUAUAAUAUUAUAAUGAAUUUUUAUUGAGAAUUAUUUAGUUUCAUGGGGAUUUGAUGUAUUAUUUACAUUUCAAUUUUAUGAAUAAAUGUUGUA